CCAAGCCCCUCACCCCAAUAUUUGUGUGUGGGGAGGGGCUGGGUAAGCCCAGGGCCCUCCUGGCAAGGAGCAGCAAAACCUUUGCAGUUUUUCCAAAACUUCCUAGGUGUGUUCUCCCCCCAGAUUCCUGAGCAAGACUCAGCUUAUGCUGAGGACAGUUUCUGUGUGGGAGAUGAGGAGGAGGAGGCUCAGAGUGGCUGCAGUGAGGAGGAAGUGUGUGUGAAUUUUGAUCUGCUCCUCGAGGGCUCCAGCAGGAAGAGCCGGUACCUGACCCGGCGCAGGAGCAGGCUGGAGCAGGCCAGGCUGCCAGGGAGCACUCCUGCCCUGGGGCAGAGGAAGAAACCAUCCAGAAUCAUUGUCCUGAGUGACUCCAGCGAGGAGGAGGCAGGAGGCAGCAGGGAGAAGCCCCUGGCAGCAGGGCAGGGAAAGGGGCAGCUCCCCAAAGCUCUGCCCUCAGCCCCCUCUGCUGGGGCAGCCCCAGCUCCUCAGGCUGGAGAGCAGGACACUCACAGGCUGCUGGGCUUGGAAACUUCAGAGUCUGGGAUGCUGGAUGUGCCCCAGGAGCAUCCAGGCAGGAGCACAUCCAUCCCCCCAGCUGGCCCUGGCUGCAGGAGCAUGGAUCUGCAGGCUGCUGCUGAGGUGUGCAGCUCUUUGAAGACCCACGGGAGCAGCUCAGGCUCGGUGUGUCCUGCUGUGCCAAACCCUUCCUCAGCCCUGGCUGGGAUCUCCCGAGUUCCUGGAGAGCAGAGCCCUUCCCUGGCUGGGAAUUCCCGAGUUCCUGGGGAGCAGAGCCCUUCCCUGGCUGGGAUCUCCCGAGUUCCUGGGGAGCAGAGCCCUUCCCUGGCUGGGAUCUCCCGAGUUCCUGGGGAGCAGAGCCCUUCCCUGGCUGGGAUCUCCCGAGUUCCUGGGGAGCAGAGCCCUUCCCUGGCUGGGAUCUCCCGAGUUCCAGCAGAGCAGAGCCCUUCCCUGGCUGGGAAUUCCCGAGUUCCAGGAGAGCAGAGCCCUUCCCUGGCUGGGAUCUCCCGAGUUCCCGGGGAUCAGAGCCCCUCCCUGUGCAUCCUGGCCGACAGCCGGGAGAUCAGCUCGGGGCUGGAGGUGAUCUCGAGCCUGCGGGCCGUGCACGGGCUCCGGGUGCAGGUUUGCUCCCUGGGCACCAGCGAUUACAUCGUCAGCAACCGCCUGGCCGUGGACAGGCUGCUCCAGUCCGAGCUGCAGAGCCCCGGGAACAGGAACAAACUCAGCCAGAGGCUGCAGCGCCUGCAGGGCACCUUCGAGAGGAUCUGUGUGAUUGUGGAGACAGACAGGGUCAGGCCAGGAGAAACAUCCCGGUUUUUCCAAAGGACUCAGUACUAUGAUGGAGUGCUCUCAGCCUUGGUCCAGGCUGGAAUUAGGAUCCUCUUCAGCUCCUGCCAGCAGGAAACCGCAGCUCUGCUGCAGGAGCUGGCUCUGCUGGAGCACAGGAAGGACGCUGCCAUCCGGGUGCCCACGGAGCCGGAGGGGCACCGGCGCGACAUCCUCAACUUCUACCUGAGCAUCCCCAACCUCAGCUACGGAGCUGCCCUCAACCUGUGCCACUCCUUCGGCUCCAUCACAGCCAUGGCCAACAGCUCGGUGCCGGCGCUGGCAGCGGGGGCGCGGCUGAGCCGGCCCCAGGCCGAGGAGCUGCAGCGGUUCCUGCGCCACCACUUCGAGCUCCAGCUGCUGCCUCAGCCCCUGCCCGCCAAGGGCAAGAGCUGAGCUGGGCCCUGCGCGCCUGCACUGCACUUUACCCUCUCGGGAUCGGAUGUAAAUUAUGGAAAUAAAGACUUGUCAAACCUC